UUUGGUGCCAAAAACCUCAAAGUUGGCAACUUUCUGAGGUGGUUGGCAACAGAAUUUUGUGGUUGGCAACUAACGCCGAAAUUGGCAACUUGUUGGCAACUUUCGGUUAUCAAAAAUAUAUUGUUGCUUUUCUGAAAGUGCUGCAAAAUUUCUACUGCAAAGUCCAUGAUUAUGCUUUGGCACUUACCAUCACAGCCAGAAUAGUUUGAAAGUAACUUCUGUGCCAAUACAAAGGCCAAACCUCCACUCUUACCUGAGCAAUCAAUUAAGAAAGACGUUUUUGCCGCCACGGCCACCUUUGUUAUGUGUUGUGUUGGAGAGUUGCUGUGAUAUUUUGCUUGAUUUCAUAGAGUUAAAAAAUAAGUGCAAUGUCUCCUGCUACGUGGAAUGCUCAAUAUGAUAAUCAAAGACAUUACAAAAAGGAAUGGGAGAGAACCUUUGUAUGGCUUAAACAAUCAUCAGAUGGCUCAGGUAAAGGCUAUUGCAAGCUGUGUCGGGUUAAUUUGGCACCAAGAAAGUCUUCCAUCAAUAAGCAUGCAGAAUCUACAAAACACAAACAGAGGACUUCAGCUAUCAAUAGCUCCUCAGUAAUCAAGCUGACCAAGGAUACCAUAGAUAAUGAUACUAAAAAGGCAGAACUUCAGAUAGCUAUAGCCAUGUGUUGUCAUUGUUCAAUUUCUAUUAUUGACCAUGUUGGUGAAGUUAUCAAGAUGCAUGGAAAAGGAAGCCCUAUAGGCAGUAUUAACUUACAUCGUACCAAGUGUAGCAAGCUUAUAACAAAUGUAAUUUCCCAUGCAUACCAAGAGGAGUUAAUGAAAGAUAUUCAAGGAGAAAAGUUUGCUCUCCUUGUUGAUGAAUCUACUGAUGUAAGUACUGAAAAGCAGCUUUGCAUUGUUGUUAGGUAUUUCAGUAGGGCAGAGAUGCGUAUAGUAACAGAAUUCCUGGGACUUUUUACCGUCUCAGAGGUAACAGGAGAGGCUUUAUUUAGUACUAUUAAUAGAGCUGUGCAAAAUGUUGGCCUUCAACUCAGUGACUGUGUAGGUUUUGGCUCUGAUGGAGCUUCUGUAAUGGUUGGUGCACAUAAUUCUGUAUGGACUCGAAUUAAAGCAACAGCUCCUAACUGUGUGCAAGUCAAAUGUGUUUGUCACUCAUUAGAAUUGUGUGUGCAGCAUGCAUUCAAGAAAUUGCCAUGUAAUUUAGGAUUCCUGCUUUCUGAAAUACCUAAAUGGUUUUCAAAGAGUUCCAUUAGAAGAGAAGCAUAUCUGUCUCUUUUCAAAGUGAUGGACCCUGAUGGGGAGCGAAAGGGCAUUCCAUCUCCAUUCCAGCAAGCAUCAGCUACAAGGUGGCUUGUACGGGGAAAAGUUAUGUACAACAUUCUAGUUAACUGGGAGGAACUCAAAGCAUACUUUUUGUGUGCUGAGCAAACAAGUAGUUCUGACAUUAAAUUUAAAGCCCGUCUGAUAAGUGAAAUGCUGAGAGAUCCUGCCAAUUACUGGUAUUUUCACUGCAUUACACCAAUUGUACAGGAGUUUGAAAGGGUGAAUGCAAACUUUCAGGCAACUGAUGCUGACCCUCAGCAUUUGGAAAGUGAAUUAUCCAUGCUAAGUCAAAGUCUACGUAGAAGAGUGAUGGAUGUCUUUGGGGAUAUGCUUCCCAUUUCUGAGGUCGACUUUGGAGCACGGUUCACUGUAGAAGUGUCGCAGUACUUAGAACGAUGCCCUCAUGGAGAUGCAGAGGAAAAGGUUUUGUCUGUCAAAUCCAGAUGUAACAGCUUUAUUACCAAUCUGGUCGAAGAAGUAGAGAAGCGGUUACCCACAUCAAGAAACAUUUUUAAAGGACUUUGCAGGAUCCAUCCUUCAAAAGUAUUGAGCCAAACAGACAGGUCUAAAUUUAUAGACUUGCCAUUUCAACACUUAUUAAAUCAAGGUGACAUAAGUAAAAUUGAGCAGCAGUAUAGAAAUAUACUGUUGGUCAAUUGGUGUGAGGAGUGUGUGUUUAAUGGGACUAUUCCCAGUGAUGCUGUACUGUUCUGGGUGGGAGUUAAAUCUUACCAGAAUUCUAUUGGAGAUCAUCCAUUCCAUGAAUUAGCCUCCUACUGCCUAACAUGCCUAAUCACACCAGUCAGUAAUGCCAUGGUUGAACGCAUAUUUUCCCAUGUGUCACUUGUAAAAACGAAAGUAAGGAACAGAAUGGGAGUAAAUAUGCUUGAUGCAAUCAUCAGGAUUAAGUGCCAUCUCCUUCUCCGAAAUCUUUGUUGUCGGGAUUUCAUAGUGACCAACGAAAUGAUGAAGUUGUGCACUAGCAACAUCUAUUCAAGUGAGACAAAGACUGAGGAUUCCUCUGAACUGUGUAAUUUUCUCAGUGAUUUAUAUUAGAAAGUUCCAGAUAGGGCAUGUAUAUGUGAUAUAUUUUCAGGUACCAUUAUAUCAUAUAGGCUAUAAAGUUAUUUGAUAUGUAAAUGUGCUAUAUGGUUUGCUAAUUACAAAACCAGCUUUAUGUAAGUCAUAGGUGUAAUAAAUAUAUCUUUUAAUUUUAAGUGAUUUGAUCUCAUUAGGUUUAACAUGUUUUGCCAGCUAAUAUGUACUAGAUGUUGUGGUAUAUAAUUUAUCUGCAUUAUUUUAUUUCAUAUGUUUAAUUAUAGGUAAAUUGUCCAAUUUUUGUUUUUUUAGU